AUGGAUAUUUCUUUUGCACAUAGCAACUACCAAAACCCUACAGAAGCGUUUGACCGCGAUUGCCAUGCCUCUUUCUUGGGCGGAAACAACCUUCUUGGCAUCGCGAGCCUGGAUCUCCUGGAUGCGGGCCGUUUGACAAAAUUUACAACGGGAAUAUCUCACAACCUGAGCGUGCUUGUUACCAGCGGCCUGGAGGAGCUUUCAGCCGAUGGGGGUGACAAGGGCGAAACCGUGGUGGCGUCUCACCGGAACGCCGUACACGCCUAUGCUUAUUUCCUCAGCGUCAUUCAUGAAUACCUUCACAACCGAUUGCUGGACAGCCAGAAGGCAGAGGCGAGCGCUAAGGGGGCCGCGCCCAAAAAGCGUGGAGGGAAGGCCAAAAAAGCUGUACAGGAGGACCCUGGAAAUGAAAGCGCUGUCGACUGGCCUGCGAUUAUGGAGCGAAUCAUGAGGGCGCUGGGUCGCACGUUAAAAGCGAACUUGGACGAGAUCCUGUACCGCUCACCAGCGGAUAAGUGCCGGCUUGCUGAGGUUUGCGUUCUGACGGCCGCACGCUGCCUGGAGGACAGUUCAAUUACCAAGCAAACCGCGAGUACCAAGCAGAAGGCCACCCUGGCGGCGUGUCUGGAUGUGGUGGUUUUGUCCGCAACACGUCAUGCCAACGCCAACGGUUGCCUUGACCUCGUGGGGGAGGCGUUGUUCCGGUUGGUCAAGGAGCACGAUCACGGUCCUGACCUUGCCGUCCAGGCUGCUGCCCUCGCUGCUAGCCAGCACGACAGCCUCUCCUUGGGCAAAAAGCUGGUGAUGAAAUUCUGUGAGGUGGAGCCCGAAGGAUACGACGAAAUGGCAUCGCAUGAUACCAAGCCGGUCAAGAGAGCAGCCGAGAUGCUCAGCGGCAUGGCCGCCGCUCUGUCAGACGUCUUGCACGCCAGCAUCGGCCAGCUGAUGCCCUACUUUGGUUGCAAGACGGCCGUCACAAUCCGUAGCAACCUCGUGGAAUGCAUGGGCCACUUGAUGAAGUCAUAUAUGGCGUGUGGCAUGAACGAGAAAGGCAGCCGCCCGCUGCAGAUGAGUCGGCAGAACGUCGCACAAAAUCUGGUGGCGCGUGUGAAUGACAUGCACGCGUUAGUCAGCCGCGAACCCAAGCUGCCCAGGCAGGAGGCCAAUAAUGCUGUACAGUCAUCAAUAGCGACCCUGAACAUGUUGGGGGAGAGGAAGACGGCAUUGAAUACUAUCGAGGCCCUGGCCGAGCGCAACUGCUGGCCCAUAGAAUACGUUGUGCUAGCGGCUAAGUCAGCCGUGGCCAGGCUGGAUGAUGGUGCCCUGGCUGCGGGCGCCGCCCUCGGCCUGCUCUGCAAGCUCGUGCAUAUCACGGCGAAGACACAGCUAACAGACGCCUUCCUAGUUGGCAGCCUUAACCGUUUUGAGGAAGAUCUGAAGCCGGACGUUGUGGAAGAUGGACAGGAGGAUGCGCAGGAUAGCGACCCGCAUUGGGAAGCGGGUGCCUUAGGAGGUGGCGAGACGCAAGCUGCUGGUCCUGACGGCCAGCAAGACAUCAUCAUGCCCACGCAACUCGACGAUGGCGCAGGUAGUGGUCCACCGCCGCAGCCAGACCCACAUGACAACAACAAUGGCGGCGCUGGCGCACGCGGGAACAUGACGUACUCGCAGGUGCGACUCCUGAUUGCAACGCUGAAGGAGCUGCUUGAACUAUCAAGGGCGCUGGCGGCGGCCCUGCCUGAGGUGGAAGCUCUGCUUACUUCGGACAGUGCUGAUGUUGCUGAGAAGGCCAUCCAGCUGCUCACCUUAUGCAGCCAGAAGCAGCUGCAGGGGGUCGCUGAUUCCUGGCGGCGUGUGUGGCACCUCGUAUUUUCCACGUCCGAGAAGGUCCGCGAAACGGUUUUGGAUGCCUUCUGUAACUUUCUCCUGCCGGCGAGUAUCGCAGGCGCGAGUACGCAGAAGCAGCAGAAUGCCUGCAUAGUCUUGAAGCUGACCCAGAUGGUGGAUAACCUGGCGCUGUGCGAUCAGGAAGCUCUUGAGGAGCUCAUGCGGCUGGCGAUAACAGGCAUUGCACCCGGUCAGAGCCCCGUGUUUGGGCCGGACAUCGUGCGGAUCAUGCUCGAAAAUAUGAAGGCCGCUAUCAUCCAAGCAACCCUGCUCGAGCGCGAGGGCGUCAGUGCUGCUAAGGAGGCACGGCAAUCACGGAUCAUGGCCGGUCGGCUAAGCCUGCUGUGCGGCAUGGUUGCGCGCCAUGCGCCUGAGCUGGUGGUGCAUGACGUGGAGAACCUCAUCCUCCACCUCAAACGAAGCCACACGAUCCUCAAGGACCCGCUUCUUGUGCGCAACCUGGCGCUCAUACUGCGAGACAUCGCUGGUGCUCUACACGCUGCGCCUAAGGGCGGCUUGGCCUGCGGAAGCAAGUACCAGCCAGCCAACCACAUCCCCAACGCCCUAGCCAACUUGGUCAGCAUUCUGGUCAGCGGCCAUCUGCCGCAGCACGGCAGCGCGUGGCCGCCCGCCGCGCAGGCCGCCACGGCGGCGAUCUAUCAGCUGCACCCGGAGCCGCACACGCUUCUCUGGCCGCUCGUGCAGCACCUCGCCGCGGAGCUUGUGGGCGGGCGCGCAUCGGCGACGCAGAUAGCGCGUGCCGUUUACCUUGUGGGCUGCAUUGCCACACAGCAGCUGGCCUUGCUAGACACGCUAACCAAGCGCGUGAGGGAGGAACGUGCCGCUCAGGAGAAGAAAGCGGCAGAGCAGGCCUCUGCAAACGACAUGGACGCGCAGCUGGGCACCGGGCAAGCAAGGGAUGCCCAGCUCGACGCACUGCAUGAUGACCUAGCGGCCAGGCUUAUGGGGGAUGGCCUCAUCAACAUGUGGGGCAAACUGGUGUCGGAGCUGUGCCACAACCCCUCGCUUCUGGCCCUGCACCCUGACCUGGCGUCUGCGGCCAUGACAACGCUAGCCAAAUUCAUGGCGCUGAGCGUGACCUACUGCGAGGAUAACUGCCCAGUCUUUUUCACUCGGCUCUCGGGCGGGAACGUCAAGCUCGCGCCCGAGGUGCGCUGCGGCAUGCUGGUAGCGCUGGGUGACCUGGUCCGACGGCACCCGAACGUCGUGGAGCCGUGGACGGAGCGCAUCUUCAUGUGCCUGAAAGAUGAAAACGAAGAGGUCGCCAAGACCUGCUUGUGCAUCCUGGCGCACUUGAUCCUGAGCGGAAUGACCAAAUCCAGGGGCCACAUGCCCCACGUGGCCCGCUGCCUUGUGGCUCCCAACCCAGCCUUGCGUGAUCUUACCAUCCGCCUCUUCAACUCGAUGUCAAAGAAGCAGGCUAAGGGCGGCCAGAACGACGUGUUUAAGAACUUGGCUGACAUCAUCUCUUCGUUGACCCGCGGCGACCCCAUAACGGAGGAGGACUUCAGGACAAUGAUGCAGCGAUUGUUAGGCUACGUCAAGGCGGACAAGCUAGCAGAUAAGCUUAAGGAGCGCCUCUGCGAGCGGUUUCAGAACGUCGUAUGCGAGUUCGCAACUAGUGCCCAGGCUCCCGCCAUGUCAGCGGAGGCAGGGGAUACUGCCCCAUCCGGAGGCAUCGGCGCCGUCGCUGGCCCCACCAGCAGCAGCGGCAACUCUUACGAUGCAGUGGUCCGUGAAUGGCGCUUCCUAGCUGACUGCAUCGCGCUCAUCCCUUACAGCGAGAAGGGACUGCACACGUACAUGGAGUCCCUGCGGUGUUACAAGCACGCUCUGGGCGACGAGCACGUGUACCAGGUGUUCAAGGGCAUUGCAGAGCACGCACGCCGUGGCAACCGCACGGCGGAGUUCAAACAAGAGGUCGCAGAGUACGAGGCCCGCUUGAUGGAGGCACACAUGUCGCUCCGGGAGGAGCAGAUGCAGCAGGCCGCUGCGGCAGCAGAGGCCGCCAAGGCUGCUAAGGCUGCCAAGGACGCAGCAGCCGCUAAGGCUGCAGCCGCGGCUGAAGCUGCAACCCACAGCUCUAACCAAGAUGGCGCAACACAGCAGGCUGCGCAGCAGGGUGACACCACUGGUGAGGCGCAGGGCGGCGAUAAGAUGGCAGACGAGCUUGCGGGUGCCGGUGAUGGGAUGCAGCAGAACCUUGGGACAGCACUGGCGGAUACAGGUGACACAGUCAGCGAUGCGCUGGUUAGCGGGGUAGGUGAAGACUUCAACCGCAGAGGUGACGACGGUAUGACCGAGGGUGCCGGCCAUGUUAUUGCGUCCACGAGCGGCGGGGAUGACGACGCUGGUGGCGAUGAUGAGGAUAUGGCCUCAGCGGGAGAGUACACCGAGGGGGUUGAUGAGGAGGAGGACAAUGGAAAUUGCGAUGACGAGGGAGAUGGUUUGGAACCACGAGAGGGGGCGACGCAUGCACACACAGGGCCCAAAGCCAACAACGAUGAACCCAUCACACCAAGGGCCGAGGACGAACUCGAUGAGCAUGCAGAGGACGACGAAGAAAACGGAGAUGACGAAGGUGCUUUCACAGACGCCGAAAUGGAGUGGAACGAGGAUAGCACGGAAGGUAACCCGGCAACACCGCUUGGCGACAUCAGCGUCGAGUUAAAUAGAGAACAUGCCGCACCCGCUCCUUCCAGCAGCGUGUCUGGCACACCCAUGGCCAUCACGCCGUUGCCCCUGGCUUUCGUGAGGAACCUGAAUGAGCGGCCUCCCGCGGACGCAAUGGCCUGGUCGCCAGGGCCGUCAUGCACCACUAGUAACACCGCCCCUUCUGCAGUGCCUGCGGGCUCGCGCGUACAGGAGAAUGCGAACCCUGCGUUUGCGGGUUUCAGGAUUAAGCCCGAUCCCGAUGUUCCCAAGGGUGCCAUGCAGGGUGUAGUAUGGCCCAUGGGUGGCGUGAUUGGAGUCCGCAUCAAGCCGGACCCUGACGGCCCCAGCGCCCGCUCAGCGCUUUGGCGCUGCUCCUAUGCUCCACCCAUGUUCGCCAAAACCACUCAAAGCUCAUGCUAAUUGACUCAGCAUCGACUGACCUGCAACCCGAUACAGCCUAACGAAACUCUCUCUUCCCCUUGGCUUUCUGCGUCACCUGCGGUGCUCAGUUCGGUACAGCGGCAUCGAGUCACGGGCCCUUCUACUUCUUCUUUGUCGAGGUAACCCACAACGUCAAUUCCAAGCCCCCUAACCCCACUCGGAAGCCUUUUUGGACACUAAAAACAAACCGGCUACGACUAACGCGCGGCUAAACCCGAAAGAAGAAACCACCACAAUUAAUUGCAUUAGCGCACUUGGUCCUAUAGUUCUCAAUAUUAGGGAAUGUGCUAAGAACGCCACGCCAUGCGCUUCUUUUCAUCAUCACCUGGCAUACAGUAUUUCCGCCACACACACCCCAUCAGUUCACACACGCCCGCAUGGUCGCACGCAGGAAGAAGAAUGCAAUUGCAAGCUGCUGCUGCUGCCGUUGGCUCCGGGGCGUGUAGUUUUUUUUAAACGGCCGCCUGGCACCUGGCGCUACGCGACGCAGAAAGGGACUACUCGAGCACGACACUUUUGUAAAGCGAAGCUCCCGCACGCCCUCAAUAUCGCCCAUGGCCCAUCAUCCGCAGCGCGCAGCUC